CUCGCAGCUGUGGGCCGUGGGCCUAGAGCGGCUUCCGGGGCGCGCGCGCCUCUCCGCGACCCCCGGUUUUGCGGCGCGCGCCCUUCUGUUGGUUGGUCGGGCUGUCCCGAGUGCGCGCAGGACGCCCCUCUUGAACCGAGGGCCGGCAGCCUGGCGGACGACCGACUCACUGCGUGGGGAACGUGGAGGGUUGGGCCCUUCCUGCUCCGGUGACGUCCGGGGCAGCGGUGGCCUAGGGCUGCAGAGAAACCUAGCGGCUUUGCUGUCCCGGCUUGCGGCUCCGCUCCUGUGUGAGGCAGACACGAUUGCUCGUACUAACUGAAGAAUGCUGUUAUUUAAGCGAGGCCCGUGUACUGGAACAAAGUUAAAACUUAAAAAGAGGCUGAGGAUGGAAGGAACUUCUUUGUUCUAUCUUCUUCAGAAUGUUAGAAGUCUUAAGAACUCAGGACAAGCAGCAGACAUAUAUGCAACAUGGUGACUGGAACCCUAAGGACUCUGCAAUAUGAAUAAUUCUCUGGAGAACACCAUCUCAUUUGAAGAGUACAUCCGAGUGAAGGCAAGGUCUGUCCCUCAACACAGGAUGAAGGAAUUUCUGGACUCACUGGCUUCUAAGGGACCAGAAGCUCUUCAGGAGUUCCAGCAGACUGCCACCACCACAAUGGUGUACCAACAGGGUGGGAACUGCAUUUACACAGACAGUACUGAAGUGGCUGGGUCUUUGCUUGAACUUGCUUGUCCAGUCACAACCAGUGUUCAACCACAAACUCAGCAAGAGCAGCAGAUCCAGGUUCAGCAGCCACAACAGGUUCAGGUACAGGUGCAGGUACAGCAGUCUCCACAGCAGGUCUCGGCUCAGCAACUUUCUCCUCAAUUCACUGUUCACCAGCCUGCUGAGCAACCCAUCCAGGUCCAGGUGCAGAUCCAGGGCCAACCACCGCAGUCAGCAGCCCCCUCCAUCCAGACCCCAUCUCUGCAGAGUCCCAGCCCUUCACAGCUGCAAGCAGCCCAGAUCCAAGUGCAGCAUGUGCAGGCAGCCCAGCAGAUCCAGGCUGCAGAAAUCCCAGAGGAUCAUAUCCCACAUCAACAAAUCCAGGCUCAGCUGGUGGCUGGCCAGUCUCUUGCUGGAGGCCAGCAGAUUCAAAUCCAGACCGUGGGUGCCCUUUCCCCACCACCAUCCCAGCAGGGUUCACCCCGGGAAGGGGAACGGCGGGUUGGCACAGCCAGUGUGCUUCAGCCAGUGAAGAAACGCAAAGUGGACAUGCCCAUCACCGUGUCCUACGCCAUCUCAGGGCAGCCAGUGGCCACCGUGCUGGCCAUUCCACAGGGCCAGCAACAGAGUUAUGUGUCUUUGAGGCCAGAUUUACUGACAGUGGACAGUGCCCACCUGUACAGUGCCACUGGGACCAUAACUAGCCCUACAGGAGAAACUUGGACCAUCCCUGUUUAUUCUGCCCAGCCACGGGGGGACCCUCAGCAGCAGAGCAUCACCCACAUUGCCAUUCCCCAAGAAGCCUACAAUGCAGUUCAUGUCAGCGGCUCACCCACAGCUCUGACAGCUGUAAAACUGGAGGAUGACAAGGAGAAGAUGGUGGGCACCACAUCUGUAGUAAAAAACUCCCAUGAAGAGGUAGUGCAGACCCUUGCAAACUCUCUCUUUCCAGCACAGUUCAUGAAUGGCAACAUCCAUAUUCCAGUGGCUGUGCAGGCCGUUGCAGGCACAUACCAGAAUACGGCUCAGACUGUACAUAUAUGGGACCCACAGCAGCAGCCACAACAGCAAACUGCACAAGAGCAGACGCCGCCACCACCCCAGCAGCAACAGCAGCUCCAGGUUACUUGUUCAGCACAAACUGUUCAGGUUGCUGAAGUUGAGCCACAAUCACAACCACAGCCUUCACCAGAACUUUUGCUUCCAAAUUCUUUGAAGCCAGAAGAAGGGCUUGAAGUAUGGAAAAACUGGGCUCAGACCAAGAAUGCUGAACUAGAGAAGGAUGCUCAGAACAGACUGGCCCCCAUUGGGAGGCGACAGUUGCUGCGAUUCCAAGAAGAUCUGAUCUCCUCUGCUGUGGCCGAAUUGAAUUAUGGCCUCUGUUUAAUGACACGGGAAGCUCGAAAUGGAGAAGGUGAACCCUAUGACCCAGAUGUACUCUACUACAUUUUCUUGUGUAUACAAAAGUACCUUUUUGAAAAUGGAAGAGUAGAUGACAUAUUUUCUGAUCUUUACUAUGUUCGUUUCACUGAGUGGUUACAUGAAGUUCUGAAGGAUGUACAGCCCAGAGUCACUCCACUUGGCUAUGUUCUGCCCAGUCACGUGACUGAAGAGAUGCUGUGGGAAUGCAAGCAGCUUGGGGCACAUUCCCCUUCCACACUGCUGACCACCCUCAUGUUCUUUAACACCAAGUACUUCCUGUUGAAGACAGUAGAUCAGCACAUGAAGCUGGCUUUCUCCAAGGUCCUUCGACAGACAAAGAAGAACCCCUCAAAUCCUAAGGAUAAAAGUACGAGUAUCCGCUAUCUGAAGGCCCUCGGGAUCCAUCAGACUGGCCAGAAAGUUACAGAUGACAUGUAUGCAGAACAGACAGAGAAUCCAGAGAAUCCAUUGAGGUGUCCUAUCAAGCUAUACGAUUUCUACCUCUUCAAAUGCCCCCAGAGUGUGAAAGGCCGAAAUGACACCUUUUACCUGACACCUGAGCCGGUGGUGGCUCCCAACAGCCCAAUUUGGUACUCAGUCCAGCCUAUCAGCAGAGAACAGAUGGGACAGAUGCUGACCCGGAUCUUGGUUAUACGGGAAAUUCAAGAAGCCAUUGCCGUGGCCAGCGCAACCACCAUGCACUGAGGUGCUUCAGCACAGCAGGCAAAUCCAGGAAAAACCAGACAAAGACUUUUACACUAAAGAAGAGGCCUCCGUUUUUUCUUUCCUUUUUCUUUCUUUCUUUCUUUCUUUUUUUUUUUUUUUUUUUUUUUUUUUUUUUUUUUUUUUUUAAUGUUUUUCAGGCUACUUCUGAUGAAAAAUAAUGUAAAAGACAACAUUGCCCCUUUGCAUCUUCAUAGACCUGGGUAGACCCCUUGGUUCAUGGGGCUCUGAGUUUUCUGAGAGCCAGAUGUUCUAGGAAGUAGCUGGCUUUUUCUUUCUCUUUUUUUCUUUUGUCUGGGGCAUGGGGAAAGGGACUUGGACUGUUGAGACAAAUAUGGGCCCUUCCCUUCCUCAAGGAAGAUGGAGCUGCUGAUGAUCAACCCUCCUGGAAAUCUCCACCUGACCUUCACUUUGGACUGGCAGGCUUUACUGACUACAUGGAGCCACGGCUUUUUUCUUCAUGCUCAGACAUAUGCUUAGCAUCUUAAUGAAAGAAAAAUGAGGGGAACUUCAAUUAUGAUUUUAUUAAAGACAAUUUCUAUUACACCCUCCUUUAUGACAAGUGACAUAGAUGUUAAAGUAAAAACUUUACCAUGCCUUUUUUGUUUUUUGUUUUUUCCUUUUGGCCUAACAUUGAGGCCUUAAACCUGAGGCUCCUGUGCCUGAUGGAAUUCUUGUAACAUACACUUGUGUAUCAUAUAAAGAUACCACUCUUUCUCUUAUGUAUUCUUAUUCUAGUUGUUUAUUAAGAAUGACAAGCACGUCUUUUCAGCA